AGUAUCAAUUUGCAUCCAGGGGAAUAGUGGUAUACUUAUAAUGUAUUUUCAUUUCGGAGCAAUCCAGGGGUUCACACACCCCUAUUAUUUUCUGAACAUGGAAAACCUAACUAUGUUAUACUGCACGCAAGAUAAUAGGCAAAAUAUUAGAAUAAAACGAGCGUUUCUUACUGUUUCCUUAUAUAACAAUGUCGGUGGCAUUUUCAUCGGCGCGCCCAAGGAGCAAAGGGGAGGUGACACAACAAACGAUACAAAAGAUGCUGGAUGAAAAUCACCAUCUGAUACAAUGCAUAAUGGAUUACCAGAGCAAAGGAAAAACAGCAGAAUGCACACAGUAUCAGCAGAUCCUUCACAGAAACCUAGUCUAUCUGGCCACGAUAGCAGAUUCGAAUCAGAACAUGCAGUCACUGUUACCUGCACCUCCUACCCCUAACAUGGGGAAUAUAGGUGCUGGAGGAAUGGGACAGAGUGGAGGCAGCGGGCCCCUACACUCCCAGAGUAACCUCAACGACACCAUGACCCCUGGCCUGCCCCCUACCUCUAUGAUGCAGAGUCAGAUGAGCAAUGGCCCCAGCCACGCUCCCAUGCAGCAGCAGGUGGGUCAGACACAGUCGGCUGGGCCCUCAUCCACGUCCCUCAGCCUGCCAGCCAGCACCCACGGCUCAGCCUCCGGCUACAGCCACCCCGUGCCCCCCUCCUCCCAGGGCAGCAUGAUCCAGGGCCUUGGCCCAGGCUACGGUUCUUCCUCUUCCUCUUCUACCUCCUCCCGCAGCAACCUCAACAUGCAGUCUAACACAGUCUCCAUGAUGCACCAGCAGUCGGCCACACCUCAUUACCCGUCAUCCCAGACUGGUGGCGGACAGCAGCAGUACCAGGGUCAGCAGGCUGCUAUGGGCAUGUUGGGGCAGAGCGGGCAAGGCAACAACAUGAUGAGCCAGAGGCCCAUGGGGACCUACCGACCCACACAGCAAGGAUCUGCACCGCAGUACAUGGGACAAGACGAUUUCUACGGAGAGCAGUACGGACACACUCAGAGCUCCAGCGAGCCCAUAAACCAGCAGUAUUACUCUGAUGGUCAUGGGGAGUACUCCUACCAACAGUCAUCCUACGGUGAACAGGGCUAUGAGAGGUCCUUUGAUGAGUCCUCACAGCACUACUACGAAGGAGGCAACUCCCAGUACAGUCAGCAGCAGGCCCAGUACCAGCAAGGGUCAGGCCAGCAGCAGCCCUUCAGCCAACAACAGUACCCCUCACAGCAGGGCUACAGCGGACAGCCACAGGGCUACGGUCCAGGUCAGGGUGCGCCGUCCCAGUACUCCCAGUACCAGCAGGGUCAGGGCCAGCAGUACAGCUCCUACCGCUCCUCCCAGGCUGCCUCUGGGGCACAGACACAGAGGCCCUACGCCUACGAACAGGUACAACUACAGCUACCCCCAACCCCACGUUUUGAGGAGGACUGUGCUGUCCAACAAAACAUUGGGGUCAAUACGGAAACUACCAGCAAUAAGGCACCACCUCCUGGGCAAACUGGUGGACAAGUUAGGCAAGGGAACAGUUCUGUGAAUAACCCCCAACAGUCGUGUGUAAACCAGUCUCUGAGUAAAUGAGUUAGAUUUAUCUCUGAAUCUUUUUAGUUUGCUGAGACACGGAUUAGCAGGCUAGCAGUCAGAUUCAUGUUCUGCUGGUUCACUAUUUUCUAACUGAGUACAGGUGAACUGGUUCAGGAGAUCCUGCAUGAAACACCUCUUAUCUCUGCUUUCUCUUCUUUUCCUCGCCCUCUAAGAUGAUUUGAAUUAUGGGUAUCUGGUAACAAAUCGGGGAACCCUCAAUAGCAUUAUUAUAUUAACGUUGGCACCCUCAUAAGCGUUGAAAAGACUCAUAUGUUUAAUUCGAACCUUGCCUUUAAAUGUCUUCCUUUUUUGGUCUCUGUCCUCGCUAUCAACCUCUGUCUGGUUCUCUCAACCUACUUUUCUGUCUGUCUUUCACAGGGUGCACAAUACAAGUGCUGUCCUCUGUCUAAGAUUGUAAUUUAAAAUGUGCCCAGGUCACAAAAAGAAUGUUUGGUCAUACAUUCAGCAUCUUUUAUUCAGUGUAAAGCUUAACUUGAUUAAGGUGAAAAUGGGACUUGUCAGUAGUGUUCAAACUGAAGUGUUCAGGUUGUGUUUGAAACUGUGAAGUUGUGUAGAUCGGUGUGUGAUGUUACCGACUGUUCAGUGUUACCACUCUGUCUGCGUAUGAAGAACACAUGUUUGAGUAAGGUUAUAGACACAAUAGCUGGUAGAUUGACAAGAGAGUGCAACUAUCAACAACCAUCAUAUUACAGCUAAUAUGUACAAUUCAUUUCCAUGAUCAAACCUCUUUGUUAAUUCUUUAAUUUUGUCUGAUUGCAUAUAUAUAUUUUUUAACUAAGCAUUUUUUUUAUUAAGCAAAAUUAUUUGUAGAUUUUUAUAAGUUGGGACUUUUUCCAUGCUAUAUUUACACUGAACAAAAAUAUAAACGCAACAAUUUCAAAGAUUUUCCUGAGUUACAGUUCAUAUAAGGAACAGUCAAUUGAAAUGAAUUCAUUAGGCCCUAAUCUAUGGAUUUCACAUUACUGGGAAUACAGAUAUGAUUCUGUUGGUCACAGAUAACUUUGAAAAAAAGGGAGGGGCGUGGAUCAAUUAUGUUCAUUGUUCGUAGCGUAUACCUGCCCAUACCAUAACCCCAUCGCCACCAUGGGGCACUCUGUUCACAAUGCUGCCAUCAGCAAACUGCUUGCCUACACGACGCCAUCCACGCUGUCUGCCAUCAGCCCUGUACAGUUGAAACCAGGAUUCAUCCAUCAAGAGCACACUUCUCCAGCAUGCCAGUGGCCAUCAAAAGGUGAGCAUUUGCCAACCGAAGUCGGUUAAGAUGCCGAAAUGUAGUCAGAUCAAGACCCUGGUGAGGACGAUGAGUACGCAAAUGAGCUUCCCUGAGACAGUUUCUGACAGUUUGUAUGGACAUUCUUUGGUUGUGCAAACCCACAGUUUCAUCAGCUGUCCAGGUUGUUGGUCUUGGACGAUCCCGCAGGUGAUGAAGCCGGAUGUGGAGGACCUGGGCUGUCGUGGUUACACGUGGUCUGUGGUUGAGAG